CUCUGCCUUCCUCGCCGCGCCUUGGCGUGGGUGGCGGCUCUGGGGGCCCGCGCCCCCCGGGGCUGUGACAUAAACUUUCUGGGCUGUUCGGAGCCGCUGGCCCGGCGAGUUCCACACAGCGCGGUGAGGAGGAGCCGCGACGCUCACAGGUUUCCAACGGAGCCAAAUGUUGGAGCUGUCUUUACUGCUCCUGUGAAGAGUGAAGUGAGCAAAUACAUCCCAGUGGUAGGCUUUUGAAGAGAGCAAUUACAGAAAACACACUUUUCUUGGAUAAGAACAUUUUAAAGGCAUCUGGUAUCAAAUCAACAGUAUUGUGGCCUUUAAUGGGAUUUGAGGCAUUGAGAAGUGGUUUGAUUGGUUUCAGAAGGUGACAAUGAAAUGUUGAAGAAGUUACAUUUCUAAUAUGAUUCCUGAAAGUUAGUGACUACUUACAAAAUUUUCAUGAAAAUUAAAUAUGACUUAAAAGCAUUGAUGGUCUAUGAUGUCAUCGGUUUCUACAGAAAGCAAACUCCAGCAGGCUAUGAGCCUGCAGGGAGUUGACCCAGAAACAUGCAUGAUUGUAUUUAAAAACCACUGGGCACAGGUUGUAAAAAUCUUAGAGAAGCACGACCCCUUGAAGAACACCCAGGCAAAAUAUGGGUCCAUCCCUCCAGAUGAGGCCAGUGCUGUGCAGAAUUAUGUAGAACAUAUGCUCUUCCUGCUAAUUGAAGAGCAAGCCAAGGAUGCUGCAAUGGGGCCAAUUCUGGAAUUUGUGGUCUCUGAGAACAUCAUGGAGAAGCUCUUCCUUUGGAGCUUGAGACGGGAAUUUACUGACGAGACUAAAAUUGAGCAGCUGAAGAUGUAUGAGAUGUUGGUCACUCAGUCACACCAGCCUCUGCUGCACCACAAGCCCAUUCUGAAGCCCCUGAUGAUGCUGCUGAGCUCCUGUUCGGGAACGACCACCCCAGCUGUGGAGGGGAAGCUGGUUGUCCUGCUCAAUCAGCUUUGUUCCAUCCUUGCCAAAGAUCCCUCCAUUCUGGAGCUCUUCUUCCACACUAGUGAGGACCAGGGGGCUGCCAACUUCCUCAUCUUCUCCCUUCUGAUUCCCUUCAUUCAUCGAGAGGGGGCAGUAGGCCAGCAGGCUCGGGAUGCCUUGCUGUUCAUCAUGUCUCUCUCUGCUGAGAACAGUAUGGUGGCUGAUCACAUUGUGGAGAAUACCUACUUUUGUCCGGUACUUGCAACUGGGCUCAGUGGUCUCUACUCUUCACUGCCUACGAAGCUAGAAGAGAAAGGCGAGGAAUGGCAUUGCCUUCUGAAAGAUGACUGGCUCCUACUGCCUUCUCUCGUCCAGUUCAUGAACUCCUUGGAGUUUUGCAAUGCAGUCAUCCAGGUGGCUCACCCCCUGAUUCGAAAUCAGCUUGUCAAUUACAUUUACAAUGGAUUCUUGGUACCUGUCUUGGCUCCUGCUCUUCAUAAGGUGACUGUGGAGGAGGUCAUGACCACAACUGCGUAUCUGGACCUUUUCCUGCGUAGCAUCUCUGAGCCAGCUCUACUUGAGAUCUUCCUCCGCUUUAUCCUAUUGCACCAGCAUGAGAAUGUCCACAUUCUAGACACUCUCACAAGCCGAAUCAACACCCCAUUUCGGCUUUGUGUGGUGUCCCUGGCAUUAUUCAGAACUCUCAUUGGUUUACAUUGUGAAGAUGUGAUGUUACAACUGGUUCUAAGGUAUCUGAUCCCCUGCCAUCACAUGAUGCUGAGUCAAAGGCGCGCCUUGAAGGAGAGGGACUGUUACUCUGUUUCUGCCGCCAAGCUGCUCGCCCUGACCCCUGUCUGCUGCUCCAGCGGGAUCACCCUGACGCUUGGGAACCAAGAGAGGGAUUAUAUCCUGUGGUCAAAGUGUACACAAGAUGGUUCAGGAGCCGUGGAGCAGCAGCUCCCUGAGGAGUUCUCCCCAUCAGCCUGCAUCGUGGAGUACGGGAAAGCCCUGGACAUCAGCUACCUGCAGUACCUCUGGGAGGCCCACACCAACAUCCUUCACUGCAUGAGAGACUGCCGUGUCUGGUCUGCCCUUUAUGACGGAGACUCCCCGGACCCCGAGAUGUUUCUCCAGAGUCUGACGGAGGACGGUGGUGCUGCUCCAUCCUACCCUACAUUCAGAAUCCCGCAGCAGCUCCCCAGGAAGACCGGGCCACCACUGGCUCCAAGAAAGGACAAGGGCCAGACAGAGCUGGAGUGGGAUGACAGCUAUGACACUGGGAUCUCCUCAGGGGCUGACGUGGGCUCCCCUGGGCCUUAUGAUGAUGUGGAGACAGCAGGCCCCCCUGCGCCUGUCGAGCCCCCCAAGCACAUCCAGGAGAUGAAGAGGAACGCCAUCCUGCUCUUCAAAGGGUCCUACAUCGAAGAGUCGGACUUCCAGGACGAUGUGAUGGUGUACAGGCUGUGUGCUGAGAAGGAUUCUGAGGAUGCGAGCAGUCCGCGGGAGGAACCCACAAGGCCGCCCGCCGCCGUAGCCCAGCCCCAGCUUCAGAGUGCACCCCUCAACAACGGCCCCCUCUCUAGCCCCCAGCCAGAGACGGAUCCCGAGGAGGAUGGCCACAGGGACAGCACAGACCUGCCUCAAAGCGUGUCCUCAGAACCAGAGCGAGACGAGGGGCCUGUGGGAGCCCCAGCCUCAGAGUUCGCACCCCCUGACUCUGAGGCAGAGCACAGUUCCAGCCCGGCACCUGCUAGUCCAGAGCGCGAAGAUUUCAUUGCCCAGUACGACCAGAUCAUCCGAGAGCUGGAUUCCGGCGCCGAGGGCUUGUUGGAAGAGCAUUUCCCCACGCCCGACCCCUUGCUUCUCCCAGAAGAGGAGCUUGGGAAGGAAGCCGGGAGCACCGAGGAGAAGCAGGAGCAGGAGGAGGAGGGGAAGAAGGAGCCGGAAGAGGAGGAGGACGACUUUGACUCCUUCAUAGCGGAAAGCCCUGCCGUGGAGACCGUGCCUUCCCCUUUUGGGGUGCGAGAUGAGGCCGCCUUAGCCGGUCGACAGCCCGUGAGGACUCAGAGCACCCCGUUCACAGGUCCAUUCAUCAGCGUGGUCCUGUCAAAGCUGGAGAACAUGCUGGAGAACUCUCUGCAUGUUAAUUUGCUGCUCAUCGGGAUCAUUACUCAGCUGGCCAGCUACCCCCAGCCGCUCCUCCGCUCCUUUCUGCUCAACACCAACAUGGUCUUCCAGCCAAGCGUCCGCUCGCUCUACCAGGUCCUUGCAUCUGUGAAAAACAAGAUUGAACAGUUCGCUUCUGUGGAGAGAGACUUCCCAGGACUCCUCCUGCAAGCCCAGCAAUACCUGCUCUUCCGAGUGGACAUGUCGGAUCUGACCCCAGAAGCACUAACCAAAGAUUCCAUUCAGGAAGCUUCCAGGACAGGAAGUGGCAAGACCCUGUUGGAUGGCCCUCCGAGAGUGCUCCAGCCCUUCCUGACAAACAGAGCCAAGGUGGCCGGGGCGCCCCCACACCUGCCCCUGGCAGUGAGGAACCCCAUGCUGGCAGCAGCCCUCUUCCCUGAGUUCCUGAAGGAGCUGGCCGCCUUGGCCCAGGAGCACUCCAUUCUGUGCUGCAGGCCCCUGGGGGACUUCGAGGACUCCUACUGGUAGCUGCUUUGUUUUUUAAAAUAGACAUUCUUGUUUUAUAAGGUUUUAGCGUCUGGACUGAAUGUUAAAUGCGAAGCUGCUUACAAAACUUUCUACUUUGAUGUUUCCUGGCAAUACUUGAUUGUGGGAGGGGCAUUUUCCAAGUGUCUCCCCUCUCCCUGGGUGGUCUUCCCACCUUACCUUACGCAGACUGUGUACCCCAUAAGCCGCUUGUGGCCUUGGCAGGUUUCGUAAGUGCAGCUCUUCCUCCUCACGUUGUCCAGUUACAAUUCACUCGCUCAGCUCACACCAGGCAAAUACUGGGGUGCAGGAUUUCUGAGUGCCCCGCUGUGCCGGAGGGGGCUCACCCCUGCGGGGACACACCAGCUCCUGCUGCCUUCUGCGUUUUGGCGUCCACUUUGUAAUAGGGAAGACUAAUGCUGGAGCCCCCCUCAAACAAGCACAACGUAGCACAGGUCCUUCUGAAAGCGACUUCUGCGUGUGUGCUACCCAACACGUGCUGCCUUAUGGGGUGGGGAAACCCAGUGGCCUCCGUGCUCUGCCUGGGAAGUCAGAUGCAGCAGGAGAUGCAGCAGGAGCGUGCUGGAAUGCAGGGAAUCCUGGAUGCUGGAGAGAUUUCUCUCACACCGCCACCCACACUCUGGAGUUAGCCUUAUCUCAGUGAGAUGUGCACAAGAUGACGUUUACCUAUGCAAACUGUUACUUUGGGUUUCGGGUGCUGGAUCAGAUGAAGAAAGUGUGGAAUCAUGUACUUAUGCAAAAAAGCAACCUUCAUUAAUUUUUAGUGUUUUAAGAAAUCAGACACGAGCUUGUGGAGCUCUCUCACGGUGCAUUGUUCAGGGAAUGCACGGAGUGGGGGAGGUGAGCUAAAAGCACCCUGUCCAAACACCAGUAGUUACUUUGAAUUGUUUGCUUCUGCUAAGGUGUUGUGCUCCGCUCUGUGCAGAAACAGGAGCCAGGCAGCUGGGAUGUAAAUGCAGAGGGCACAGGGAGCCCUGCAGAGCCAAGUGCCUGCCGCCACCUCCCUCCGCCCGGAGACAGAGACGCUGCCUUCUGAGUAAUGGGCUUCAUUAGAGGCCCCAACGUGAUGCAUUAGUGCCUCUGCUGCUGCUCAGCCCGCUCCGAGAGGCAUAAUUAUGUUUAGAGCCAUGGCUGCCUUAAACCACCACCAAGAGGGGAAACGCACAGCAAAACUGUGCACUAAAAAUAAGACCCAAAAAUGUGUGUGUGGAGAUGAGAGCCCACUCUGCUCUGUUUGGGCCCCGUGGUGCAGGCGCGAGGCAAGAGAGGUGGAGGGGCCCAUGUGUUUGUAGGCAGUUGGAAAGCCUGUCUCCCCCCGCCCCCUGGCUCUCUCCUGGGUGUCCCUGCUGAGCCCCAAGGGCAGCCGUAGGUCUGAUGCCCCUGCCUCAGGAGCACGGGUCUGGCAUCAGUCGGGGCCUUGGUGCAGAGGGGAAUGGAGGCUCACCUCUGAGACACUGCAGAGGACAGCAGCCCUUUUAUGUUCCAGGGCUCUCGAAGGGGCUUUGUCCUGAGACAGAUUGAAAGCCAGCCCGUGGAGUGAAGGCGCCAGGAGACCUGGCGUGAGCUGAGGGAGCCCUUAGGAGCCAGCCUGCAGGAAACCAAGGUACCUAUUCGAGGUUCAUGUCUGACUUCAGAUGGGUUUGUCUCGAGCUGUGGUUUGCCCAGCUGUAGUGCAGAGGUGAGGAUGUAGGUGGCCUGGCCAUCUGGCCUGCUGCUGGAGUCCAUUAGAACCCAAGGUAUACAGAGAUGGGAUUUAAGCUGUAAUUUAUUAUCCUCUUUAUUUUGCACAAAUAUUUAUCCUGUUUGGACUUUACCAGGUCACAAAAUGCUAAAGCCACAUCUAGAAGCUGUAUUCUUUAGCUGUUGGGUUUGAUUUGCAACUCUAUCCAUUAUUUGCUGAUGGUAUUGGGCUCUCUGCAAUGCCUUUCUUUUAUUACAGAAUACCACAUCCCCUUUGUAGAAGGUGGCCUUUGGGAAAGAGCUUGGUUUUCGCCUUUUAUAUAUGUAUAAUAAAAGAUAAAUAAAUAAAUGUUUCCCCCCUGAGUAGGUGCUGAAGUCACCCUGCUUUAAAGGCAGGCAGUAGAGAUGGUAUCUGGGGUGAAGGCAGCACAUGGGACCUCCCUUGGCAGGGUGCUAGUAGGAAGCUCACACGCUGGCCCUCCCAAGCUGCCCACUGGGAUUUGGAAACCGAUUCCCGUUUUUGAGCCCAUCACAAUCUGCCUCCAGAGGAUUGGGCUCAUGGUUUUACAAAAAUGAAGUCCGAAAAUUCACCUGCUGGUUGAGUGUUGCCUUACCAAAAGAAGGUAUAGAGACCGAGGGCUCCCACUAGGAGAGAGGCAAACCCUGCAAGAUUUGGAGGCGUGAAGGCUCCCUUCAUAUCUAGGUAGAAAUGAAGAUAACAUACAGCUGGCGAGUGAUGGUGGGAAGAAAAUCAUGGUUGUGAAGUGGACUAUUCCAGCUCUAAACAGGUGAGGCCUUUAGAAAUCUUUUAAUGUUGGAUUUGGGGGAAAUGUUUAAAAGAAACUCAGCAUGCUUAAACAUGUGGUUUGAGAGUGGGCCCUUUGCUGUGUGACAGGCAGGCUCCCAUGUCAGCUGCGGUGCCACUUACUUGCUGGGACAACACAGGGAAGAAACAGUGGAUGCACAGCCUGUGGGGUAGGCCCUGCGCUGGCGUCACUGUGUAGAUCCAGGUCCUGCGCAGGGAAGGGGAGACGAGGGUUCCUGCAGCAUCACGUUAACCUCAACUCAUAAUUCAGGGUCUGAUCUCAAGUUCCAGACCGAGUGGGUUUUGUGGUUCAAAAUAUGAGCACACUGGGAUACUUAAAAUUGAUUUUUUGAAAAUGGCUGUCAGUAAAUGUUUUUACCAAAGUUUAAAAAUAUUUAUUUGUGUGUGAGAGGCAGAGAAACCCCCAACUGGUGGUUUACUUGCCAAAUGCCUGCUAAGGCCAGGAGCUUCCGGGGGCACAAGGGUCAAAGCUAGAGGGGGGAUGGGAUGGGUACCAGGAACUCAUUUACUCGAGUGCUCGCCACUGCCUCCCAGGGUCGUCCCUAGCAGGAAGCUGGAGUCAGGAGCCGGAGCUGAGCUGACCCAGGCACUCCAGUGUGGAAGGUGGGCAUUUUAACUGCUGUGCUGCCUACUCGUGCUUCAAAAAUCUGAAACAAAGAAACCCCAAGUUAGGUUCAGCCUAAAGCACUGUUAGGGAGUUUGUUAGCAGUUUUCCACCUCUGCAGUGGGGAUGCUGGAGUAAGCAGAGAUGCGAUUUUCCUCAUUAGCUGGCUGCUUCCUCUUGCUGGGAAUCAGGAGUUGAGAACCGGAAAGUACUAGGAUAUGCUGGGGUUGGAUCUGAUGAUGGCUGUGUAGCAAGGAUGCACUCAGGGCUUGGAGGGGCCCUGAGCAGGGCAGAUAGCUGUUUAUUUUCAACCCAUCAAGACUCAGGGCCAGGGUGUCGCCAGGAAAGCAUCCUCUUUUGCAGAGAAUCUAGAACGGGACCCACAAACCUGCAGGCUGCCUGUUUAAACUGCAGCAGCCAGGAAUCCUCAGGGCUCAGAGCUCUUCUCCUGGUCUGGCUUGGUGUGGCGGUCACAUGAGCUGACUUCCAUGCACUCCUUCAGGUUCAGAGGUUAAGGGCUGUGGAUGGCUUUCUAGCUCUGGAUCUGUGUCUGGGGAGCACUGCCUGGGCAAGGGGCCUGUGCACUGUGUGACACUACAGAUCUGCCUAUGCUCCAGGGCUCAGUGUAGUGCUGACCGUGAGCCCUGUUUAGUGAAAUGGCUGUCGUGCUGGCCAUUUGUAGGAAACACACUUUUGCAGGACAGCUACUAUGCAGGUGCUGCUUCAGGUCACCAUCCCCGCCGGCGUGGCUGUCCACGGCCCGAAGCGCUGGCCUUGUGGCUGAGGCCGCGGUAGCUUUGAGUCGUUAAGUAAAUAUUCGAGGCCCCUUCCUGCUUUUGCCAUCAGUUGAUAAAUCAUGCAACACUAAUUCUCCAUCAAAUAGCAGCUUAAAACAACAAGGCAAUAAGGAAAGAAUGAAGCUACUUUUUUUUUUUUUUUUUGGCUUGUUUCUGAAUGACCGUCAUAAACCUAAUGCUUUCGAAUGAGCUCUCGGAAGACCAAGAAUGGUUUGGGGGAUAAUUUUCCUUUAGUAAAUGAGGUCUACAUUCAGGCAUUUAUUAGGCCAUUAAUUGACUUGGAGGACAGAUCAUUUUGGAAGCUUGUUAACUGGAUAAAUAGGGCUUUUCAGCAAGGCUCUUUGGGAAAAGAAGGGCCAGGACACAUUCAGGGGCCACCUUUAGGUCUUCAGCCUCUUGUACCUAGAAUCCUAAAACUGAUCACGAAUCUGGCUAAGACUGAUCCUCCCCACCUGUAGGUCACUGUGAUUUUUUUCGUGUCUUAGAAGACAUAGUUGUAAACCUGACUUGUCACCUACCCAGGUGAGGAGACUGUCAGUAGGAUUCCACCUGAGUGUGUGUAUUUCAGCAUCUUCUGGAGAGGGUUAGAGUCAGCGCAUCACUUCAGAAGCUGACAGAGGCCACGGAAGCUCCUGGGCCAGAUAAUUCCCUGGGGCCGAGGCUGCAGCAGUCAUCUUAGUGUGCCCGCUGACGAUCCCCUGGGGCAGGGGGCACAUGGCCCUUCUUGCCCUGCAGAUGCUUGACGGAAUGUGGCGUCGGUGGUCUCAGUAAGGGAGGCGGCACGAGAGGGCUGCAGCGAGCCGCGGUGCACCUCGCAAUCCAGGGCCAGCUCUGCUCACAGCCACGCUGCAGCCCCCGUGCUCACGGGGAAAUAACAAGGCCUUCCAGUCGGUUAGAUGUAGUGUUUUUUUCUUCCCCAACAGUCGCUAUGACACAGCUAAAUUCAAUUGAAGUGAAAAUACAAUGUAAGCUGUAGGUCAUGGUCGUAAGCUAAAACGGAAUUGUCCAAUUUGAAGCUGAGAGGAGGUGUAUUCUUUCAAAAAUGUCAUGGUGUUCUUCCAGGUGGGCAACGAUUACCAGGAAAAAGGGGAGAGGAGGAGCGGCUCAGUGGGAACAUCCUUACCCUGGUGCAAGAAUGCCAACUUUUUCCCACCUACACCUGGAGACAGACAGACAUAUUCACCUUGAUGAAUAAGUCAGGUCAGAGACAAAACUAAUUUCUCAACCCAAGUGACCCAGAAAUUAAGUCUGGCAGUUGUGAGCACAGAACCCCACCCGGUAGUUUCAUGAAGUGAGUGAACUCUUACUGGAGACUUCCUCCGUGCUGGGGCUCACCUUCCCACUGGAACCCACCAACCUCUGCCUCAAGCAACAGAACACAUGUGUGGGCCCUACCAGGCAGAGCUGGUUCAGGCCGCCGUGGGGAGCACAGUCCCCUCGCAGACAGCCUUGGCUUCAGACACCCACCCUAGCUGUGUGGACUGCAGUGCAGGCUGACAGUGGCCUCAUUUUAGUCUCUCCCCCUGAAGAGUAAACAGAGGAGCACCCACACUCACGCACCCUGUGUACAACGGCAGACGAGCCUGGUCCUUAGGCGCAGGACCCCCCUGGGCGGAGCCCUUAGGGUCUAAGCUUGUGUAAUAUCCAAUCAGGUUCCAAUCAGAUGAUCAGAGCUCUGCCUCCCUUUUUGUCCUGGUAGCAGCAAUAGCCACAGAAAAUCUGGUUUUCAGGAUUCUGGAAGUUGACGUUCAAGACAACAGGCCAUUGGUAGAGCUGGAGGAGAAUUAGCCUUGUAAAAAUAGAUGUUUUCAUGCCGGCAUUUUCUCUAGGAAUAAUCAGUCCAUGAAAAAGUUUUCACUGACAUCACGGUUUUGGUAAACUGUUUAUCUGGAUACACUCCCAUUAAGCCCGCCCUUGACUUGAAAUGACCUGGAAAGAUCCUUCAGUGGGUUCGAUGAUCUAGAAGCUAGAAUUUGUGAUGAAAAUGGGGUUCAUAACACAAAACCAAACUGUAGUAAUUCUGACCCAAUACAGAUCCUGCCAGAGUGCAGCUCAGACCCCUCUGCCCACCCGUGUGUAUCGCAGAGGCUCACGGGGAGGGGAGGGAACAUGCUGGCUUCCAGUUCUAAAUCACCCGUUAUGCUUGCCACAGCUGGUUUCCUUUGACCCAGCCGAGAAAGCAGAGUUAGCGAGGGCACUUACUCACAGGGUGAGGGAGGCCUGAGCUCGUGUGCACACUGGGAGCCAGAGGCUGGUGGGCGGUGGGGAGGUCUACUUCCCCCAGCUCGCCAGCUGCCGCCAGGGGCGUUUCCACCAUCCUCAGCAGGCUGAGAAGCAGGCCUCCCAAGGUCCUGUUGUCCUGCUACAAUCACUUUGACAAGCCUUUCUGAAACCAGCAUUUGCAAAGCUGGUCUUCAACACUGAGCGGUGAGGGGAUAGACGCGCACGGUGAACCAGUGGGUGUGGGCGUGCCCGAGGACUCCUGGCUGAGGCCAGGGCGCAGGCCAGCUGCAUCGAGAUUAUCUUAUCAUCGGGUCCAGCGUCUGAUUUCCCAGCUCUCUUCUCCCCGAGUGGAACAAGCAGUGUGCUGUCACAGCUGUUCCGGCUGAGGCUUGGGGCGGGGGUCAUGAGCUGCACAUCUCUGAAGUGUAAGUCAAUUUUGUAUGUGAUAUAGCAGUAUAUAUUUUAUUCAGUAAAGGUAUUUGAAGAC